UCAUACAUUAUCCAUAAGAUUUCUUAUCUAGAAAUAGAUCCAUGGACUUGAUUACCGAGCAACUUCAUUGACCCAAUAAUUACACUCAUUUCUCCAAUAAUCUAUAUUUCUUAUCCUUUUCAUCACAAUAUUGUUUUAUUCUCAAUGGAUUCAUCCCAAGAUCAGAUCAUCAAAGAAAUCCCUUACAUCAUUCGACUAUACAAAGAUGGCCGGUUUCAAAGACUUGGUGGCACUGAUAUCGUUCCACCCGGCCUUGAUCCUUCUACUAACGUUCAAUCUAAAGACGUUGUUAUCUCACAUGACACCCCUCUUUCCGUUAGGAUUUACAUUCCAAAAAAUGCAAAUCCUGACGAAAAAAAACUACCCCUUUUAAUCUAUUAUCAUGGAGGCGGUUUCAUAAUUGAAACCGCCUCCUCUCCUACAUAUCAUAAAUUCCUAAACCUAGUAGCAUCUGAAUCCAACGUCGUCAUAGUCUCGGUGGACUAUAGAAAAGCACCAGAGUAUCCGGUCCCUACGUGUUUCCAUGAUGCAUGGGAAGCGAUCAAGUGGACCAUGCAACAUGAAAACAGAAAGGGACCGGACUCAUGGCUUAACGAGUAUCCUGAUUAUGGAAAUAUAUUUUUGGCAGGCGAUAGCGCGGGCGCAACUAUCGCCCAUCAUGUGGCUAUCCGGGCCGGGUCGGAUAAUCCGGGUCGGGUCAUAAAUCUUAAGGGCAUUGUGUUGCUACACCCGUAUUUUUGGGGAAAGGAUCGGAUAGGUUCGGAAGAUGAGCACCCAUUCAAGGCCGGGCCAGGUGAUGUAUGGAUGAUUGCCCAUCCAGGAACAAGCGGGUUGGAUGACCCGUUGAUUAACCCGGAUAAGGAUCCGAAAGUGUCGGAUCUUGGAUGCUCCAAGGUACUUGUUUGUGUAGCCGAAAAUGAUUUAUUAAAAGAAAGGGGAUGGUAUUAUAAGGAUAUUUUGGAUAAAAAUGGGUGGCAAGGAUCCAUUGAAGUUAUUGAGGAUAAAAGUGAGGGUCAUGUGUUUUUUCUGUUUAAUCCUACUUCAGAUAGUGCUGGUAUUUUGCGCAAGAGAAUCGGUACUUUUAUUAAUCAUGCAGAUAAUUAAUUAGGCCUAAUCAUCCUUCAUGUAAGACGAGAAAAUGUCUUAAUCUCCAUUUUAAAAUAAAGAAUAAUUUAUUUGGGCUUAA